UCCAAUCAGUUCUGUGCCGACCGAGGGCCUGCGCGAACGCAACUUGUGAUCCAUAAUACUGGUUAAAUAUAAAAAAAAUAUUAACUUUAAUUUAGGUCAUAACAUAACAUUAUAAGUUAAAAAUAAACAAGAUGCCGCUCAAAGAUUACCCUUUUGAAAUUCGCGAUGUAGAGCCGGAAACCUCACAUUUGUUGAUGAAAUAUUUUACAGGUGAACUUACGGGAUUCGUACGCGUGGGUCCUAAAGGAUAUUUCCUACCGAACAAAUUCAAACAAGAAGCCCACAAAAUUUAUAACUUGGAAAUCAGGCCGAGUGAUGUUUUCGUGGCCAGCUAUCCCAGAUCAGGAACAACCUGGACGCAGGAGCUUGUAUGGAUGGUGGCAAAUGACCUAGAUUACGCUACAUCCAACGCUAUACCGCUCACCGAAAGAUAUCCAUUUUUAGAAUUCACAAUGUGCGUCCACCCUGUUCUGAAACAACGCUUCAUAGAAGAGAACAGUUAUAGCAUGAGGAACUUGAAAAUGUUAGAGUGGGUCACCCAACCAGGAACUGAACAGAUCGCUGCGGCUAAAUCUCCACGAUUUGUAAAGACACAUCUUCCUCUCUCCUUGUUACCGCCGAAAAUGUUGGACGGCAAGGUCGUGUACGUAGCCAGAGACCCGCGGGAUGUCUGCGUCUCCUUCUAUCAUCUGAAUAAGUCUAUGAGAACGCAGGGUUAUACGGGAGACUUCAAGACGUACUGGGAAUUCUUUAUCAGGGAUUUGCAUCACUGGACCCCUUACUUCGAACACUUGAAAGAAGCAUGGGAGAAAAGGCAUCACCCAAAUUUGCUGUUCUUAUUCUAUGAAGAUAUGUCAAAGGAUUUACCAGCAGCUGUAAGACGAGUGAUGGAAUUUUUCGGCAAGAAAUUUAGUGACGAACAAGUAAAACGUCUAAUUGACCACCUAAGCAUCGAAAGUUUUAAAAACAACCCCUCUGUGAACUAUGAUGUUAUGAAAGAACUGGGAAUAAUGGUCGGCGCAAAGGAAUUUAUAAGAAAAGGCAAAGCAGGAGGUUGGCGAGAUUACUUUGACGAGGAAAUGACAUUACAAGCUGAGAAAUGGAUCGCUGAUAACCUGCGCGACACUGAUUUACGCUUCCCCCAUUUACAAUGAACAUCCACAUUUGACUUCUAUUUUCCUAUAUUCUUUACGAAUCUUCAUAGUAGUGUAGUUUCUAUUUUAGUUUCAUAAUUAUUUUCAUGUAAUGUAUAUAAAUAGUUUAAGUGUGUGGUUGUGGAUAAAGUUAACGAUUUAAGAAUUAUGUAUGUACUGAUGCAUAGUUAAGAUGUAAAACCAAUAAAUUUUGAUAAAAAGAGGUGCUACAAUCUGAUCCAAAGAAAUCUCUCUACUGAAUACAUUUCCAUUAAAGAUGUUAGUGGAUAGCAUGAAGGUGGCUUGCUAAUAACUUGAUAAAGUAAAAUGGUAUUUCGAAUUAUUUAUUAACAUUUAAAUUAACUUUAAUGUGUAUGUAAAUAAAAGUAUUCUGUAAAA